CUUUGUAUUUGGUCCACUCAGGGUAGUAAAUAAACAGAGGAAGGAAAUGGCGUCUCAAUUCUUCAUACCAUCAGCAAACGUCACCAGUGGCGGCGGAGAUGCCGUUUAUGUGGCGACUGUGCCGCUCAGAGCAACGGGUGGUCCUCCCCAGCUUAUCAUGUCAAUGGCCUACUCACUAAAUAUAUGGAAUUUACAACAUUUCAUGGUUCUCAUCAAACCAUCUUCUUCAAUUCCUCAAGAGGUAAUCGUGUUUGAUUUCCAGCCUGUUAAUCCAGAAAGCGCAGAAGCAGCAGUAUCAAUUAUAUCAGGAAAAUCGGUUCCAGGAGUAGUGAUGCAAAGAAAGUUGAAAAAUAUUCCAAAACAAAGAUGUUGGAUGGUUGGAUCAUCCAAAGGGGAAAACGCCAUGGAAAUGGCAAUUGAGUUUAAUAGCUCAUGGGAGACUGAUCUUAGAGUUGGCUUUCAUGAUUGCCGACAGUAUACCAAUGAACUUGUUCAACAUCUUACCGGAGAAAUACAAAUUGUUGAGCGACUCGCGAGGAGCUACAGCAUUUAGCAUCCACCUCAAGAAUGGAUGACACAUAUGUUCACCUUUUCUACCAAGAUAAUGGUCAGCAUUUAUAAGUAUAUUUUAAGUUGUAACCCCGUUCAAAAACGCGGCCGUCUAGACGUUGUUCGGAGGUUCACAACGGCGAAUAUGCCUAAAUCGGUGUAGCUAGGUGUUGACCCGCGUUGAUCCGCGUAAGACCGCCUAAUUCCCACGUAGACCGCCUAAGUUUUUUUCGUUUAUAUAAAGUUAAAACACGGUUGAUUAUUUUUUUA